AUGACCACUCUCACUCCGGUCGCGACCCGAUCGCAGGCAACCCCGCUCACUUCAUCCGCCAUCAAGUCCAUCCUACGAAAGCCGUCCACAGUGCUCGGGAGGAGGCCCAGGGAAGAGGACGGCGAGAGCAGCGACGGCCUCCCAGGCAGCAGCCCCGUCAAGAAGAGGAAAACCGUCAUGUUCAACGACAAGCUCAACAUGAUCAAGGAGUUCGGUGGCAAGACGUUGGACGACGCAAAACGCGAGGUCAAGCAGGCCCUUGAGGGUCAUGCCCGCGGAGACGAUGAAGACUACGACGGCCUGAAAGAAAUCUUUUGCCCGAGCCCGAAGCGAACAAUUGUCGAAGAGGAAGAUGCCGAUGCCCCACAACCACAAGACCUCCAGGUUUACGUCGUUGCGUUGACCAGCCAUGCACCACUGCUGGAUAGAUCGUGUUCGGGACUUAUACGGGCGGUGCUCAGUUGCACUUGGCUAGACAGGGACGAUGUUUUUGCACGGGCGUACAUUCAGCUGUUGGCAGCCUUGUCUGCGAAGGUGUCUUUCAGGCAACAAGCACUCUCGAUGAUGGUCGACAAGUUCACCGAGACACGAUCCUCGACCGUAGAAGUCGUACCGGGGUUCCCGCCCGUCGAUAGCGAGACGAAGAAAGAGCGGCUACAUCUCGGUCUGAAAUACCUCCUCGAGCUCUACGCCGAUGCACGACCGAUGAUCCUCGACAUCGUAACACACAGCUUCCCGCAUACCGAAGAAUCGAAGACGAGACACAUGGAGUACAUCGACCACUUGCUCAGGCUAAAAGCGGACAAGCCGGAUUUGGAACGGGACAUAAUGGAGCUGAUCCUCUCGCGAUUGGUAAAGCUGGACGUCGAAAUGACACUCGAUCUGGAGAACGACGACGACGAGACCACACGGGCGGUUCUACGACAGCUUGAAGCCUCGAACGCUAAGAGCGAUGACGAGGACGACGAUGCCAUGAGCGACGCCGACUCCGACGACGAAGACGAAGAGGAAAGCGACGAGCAAACACGGCGGAUUCUCUUGCUAAAAAGCAAACUCGAGACAAUGGACGCCAUCCUCGACCUCCUCUUCUCCAUCUACGACCCCGUCUUCGCCGACCCCGAUAGCCCAGAGGCACUCGCAACCUUUGAAGACCUCCUAACCGACUUCGUCAACGUCAUCCUCCCCCACCUCAAAUCGCGCCACACGCAAUACCUCCUCUUCAAGUUCGCCAUGAAGUCCAACCGGCUAAUGGAGAUGUUCAUCGGCACGCUCUUCAACAUCGCCUUCCAAUCUACCCGAGCCCCCGUAGUCAAGCAAGCGGCCGUCGCCUACCUGGCCUCCUUCACGGCACGAGGAGCCCGCGUGCAGAGCGACCAGGUGCAGCUGAUUGCGCAGACCUUCCUCGAUUACAUCGAUCACUACAGAAACACCCACACCAGCUGCCGCGGACCGGACAUAAGGCGCUAUAGUCAGUAUUAUGCGUACUUUCAGGGGUUGCUGUACAUCUUCUGCUUCCGCUGGCGGGAUCUGAUUGAUCGGGACGAGGUCCCCGCGAGCUUCGAUUGGGACGAUCCGGCCAGCUUUUUGGGACAGGAUUUGCCGUGGAUGAAGGGGUUGAGGCAGCGGUUGCAGGUGAAUAUCGCGAGCAAGCUUAAUCCCCUAAAAUGCUGCUCCCCCAUAAUCGUCGACGAAUUCGCCCGUCUCUCCCACCACCUCCGACUAAUCUACAUCUACCCCCAAAUCGAAAAGAACAAGACCAUCCACCUCUCGCAAUUCUUCACCUCCUCCUACGCCACCGGCGGCGCCCUUCGCGACUCCGGCUUCGAAUUCGACCACGAGAACUGGACGCACAUCGAGGCCUGCUUUCCGUUUGAUCCGUUCCAACUGCCGGUCGCUAAGAGGUGGUUGGAUUUGGACAAGAAUUAUGUGGAGUGGAGGAGUAUUGCUGUGCUCGAGAAGGGGGGCGAGGAGGAUAGUGAUAGUGAGGAGGAGGAUGAUGAUGAUGUGAGUGAGGAUGGGAUGGGCGAGAUUGCGGAUGUGAGCGAUUAUGAGAGUGAUGAGGAGGGAGGGGGUGUGGAGCAUCAUGAGGAUGAUGAGAACAUUCAACACAAUGUCUUCUUUCUUGUCAGCCUGUUCCUCGUCCUCAGCCAGCCUGAGCUCCAUGUCCACGGAGAUACCAACCAACCCAUCACUUCCUCUCCAACAAAGUCUCAAACUCAGCCCAAUCAUCAACCCGCACUCCCCAUCGAAAAGUCCUACCACAUCAUCCUCCUCCUCUUCAUCAUCCUCCACGUUCAAUCCAACUCCCACUUCCACUCCCACUUCCGCUUCCCCUUCCACGACCACGACUACGACACCAUCCACACCAUCCACACCACCCCCACCAUCCCACCUCCCCCUUGCCGAAGAACAACCACAACCACAACCACAGCCACCACAUAA